UGUAUCAUCGUUACAUUAUGGAAGAAUAUAUAUAUUUCUUUCUUUCUCUCCCCUAAAAAUCAUAAUAUAUACCAUUUCUUGUGGUCUAUAUCUAUUGUAUUGUAUCAUAUCCAUGAAACUUCUGCUGCAAAUAUCAGAGGUUUGUUGAGCCUUUUGAAUAGGGGACAUACCAACAUAUAAUAGUGGCUUAACUCCUUUGGUUUUUCUCUCACUCAGACACACACCUCCACCAACAACACUCAAACAGUGUUGUGUUAUAUUGCAUACCUUUAGUACCUCACUUCCUCAUGCCUCAGCACCAACCAACUCCAAUGGAACCACUUGUGAGCUACUACAACAAUGGCAAUGGCGACAGUGUCUGUGACAUCAUAAGCUGGUUUGAAGUUGUGUCCCAGAACGCUGGCCAUGUUCAGACUCAGUUGCUGUGCCAGAUUCUGAAGCAGAACUAUGGGGUGGAGUAUCUCAAGAAAUGGUUGGGGAACUACAAUAUCCUUGAGAUGGAACCAUGUGCAUUGGAAUCCCUUUUCUCUUCUGUGGUUCCCCUUGCUUCACAUGCUGAUUUUGACCCUUAUAUCCAACGGAUUGCAGAUGGGGAGACAGCUCCUUUACUCACUCAACAACCCAUAACACAUCUUUCCUUAAGUUCUGGAACCACAGAGGGAAGGCAGAAGUUCGUACCCUUUACUCGCCAUAGUGCACAAACCACGCUUCAAAUAUUCACCUUAGCAGCAGCCUAUAGAUCAAGGGUCUAUCCUACUAGGGAAGGUGGAAGAAUUCUUGAGUUUAUAUACAGCAGCAACCGGUUCAAAACAAAAGGAGGUUUAACAGUAGGAACAGCCACAACACACUACUAUGCUAGUGAAGAAUUCAAAAUCAAGCAGCACAAGACCAAGUCAUUUACUUGCAGCCCUGAAGAAGUGAUUUCUGGUGGAGACUACAAGCAAUCCACAUACUGCCACCUCCUUCUUGGCCUAUUCUUCUCCGACCAAGUUGAGUUCAUCACCUCAGCUUUUGUCUAUAGCAUGGUGCAAGCUUUCAGCAGCUUUGAAGAACUUUGGAGAGAGAUUUGCAAUGACAUCAGAGAUGGAACCCUGGGUUCAAGGAUCAAGUCACCCAAAAUGAGAAAGGCUGUUUUGGAGAUCAUAUCUCCAAACUCAAAUUUGGCUUCAAAGUUAGAGGCUGCUUGCCAGGAGCUAGAAGAGGUGGAUUGGUUUGGUUUGAUUCCUAAACUUUGGCCAAAGGCCAAGUAUGUGUAUUCCAUUAUGACAGGGUCCAUGCAACCAUAUUUGAAGAAACUUAGGCAUUAUGCAAAUGGGUUGCCUUUGGUUAGUGCUGACUAUGGCUCGACAGAGAGCUGGAUAGGGGUCGAUGUGGAUCCUAGUUUACCACCAGAAGAUGUAACAUUUGCUGUGGUGCCCACUUUCUCAUACUUUGAGUUCAUACCACUUCACAGGCAUGAAAAAGGUUUCAGUUCAGGCGGUGAUGAUUUCUUGGAAGAUAAACCAAUUCCACUAUCUCAGGUUAAAGUUGGCCAAGAGUAUGAAGUUGUGCUCACAACUUUCACUGGACUGUACAGGUGCAGGCUAGGCGACGUGGUGGAGGUGGCUGGGUUCCACAAAGGGACACCAAAGCUGAACUUUGUGUGCAGAAGAAAGCUAAUUCUGACAGUAAACAUAGACAAGAACACAGAAAAGGACCUUCAGCUAGUGGUGGAGAGAGGGUCUGAAAUUCUGAACAAAGCAAAGGGGGAGCUGGUAGAUUUCACAAGCUACGCAGAUGUAUCAAACCAACCGGGGCACUACGUGAUUUACUGGGAGAUAAAGGGGAAGGUAGAGGACAAGGUCCUUGGAGCAUGUUGCACAGAAAUGGACAAGUGUUUUGCUGAUCAUGGCUACGUGGUUUCCAGGAAAACCAACUCCAUAGGGCCCUUGGAGCUGUGCGUUUUGGAGAGAGGGACUUUUAAGAAGAUUUUGGAUAGCUUCAUAGCCAAUGGGGCAGCCUUGAGCCAAUUCAAGACCCCCAGGUGCACCAACAAUCAUGUCCUCCUUAAGAUUCUUAACACGUGCACCACCAAAAAGUUUCGCAGCACAGCCUAUACUUGACUUCCUCCAUCCAUGAAUAUCAUCAAAUAUUAAUGUUUCUUAA